CACACCCCACCAGCUUUUCUAAGCUGCAUUGUUUUCCGCUCCAGUCUGCUGUGAAUGAGAGUCCCAGUUGUUUCAUAUCCCAACCAAUUGGCGACAGCCUACAAAUGACGCGCCAUGACGAAAUUGUUCCCGCUGUCCGUGGUGUCAUAGAGGAUUGCGAAGAAUUUCCCUCCUUUCUCUCCUUUCUGCUCCACCUGAACUGUCUGCUCCUUAAAUUGGUCAAAUUCUACUUGAUCCAGGAACAUAAUGGGGAUGGGGCUUGCAGACGGCUCACAUGCCUCAGCCUGUGGGAGCAUCUCAGAGGAAUUCGCCUGCAGGUUCUGGUGCAUCUAGGCAGAGCACAAGAAGGAAGAGAGUCUUUCCCUCUGCAGAGAGCUGCCUGGCAGGUGUGAAAGACAGCAGUGCCACAGAGGCGGUGGAGAGAUGGCCUACAGCGGUGCCCCGACUACCUACCUGAACCCACCAAUCCCCUUUUCUGGGACAAUCGAAGGGGGUCUCCAGGACGGACUUCAGAUCACUGUCAGUGGGACCAUCCUCAACUCCAGUGGCACCAGGUUUUCUGUGGACUUUCAGACCAGCUUCAGUGGAAAUGAUAUUGCCUUCCACUUCAACCCUCGGUUUGAAGAGGGAGGGUACGUGGUGUGCAACACGAAGCUGAACGGAAGGUGGGGGCCCGAGGAGAGGAAGAAGGAGCUGCCCUUCCAGAAGGGGGUGCCCUUUCACCUCUGCUUCCUGGUGCAGAGCUCGGAUUUCAAGGUGAUGGUGAACGGGAGCCUCUUCGUGCAGUACUUCCAUCGCGUGCCCUUCCACCGUGUGGACACCCUCUGCGUCAAUGGCUCUGUGCAGCUGUUCUCCGUCAGCUUCCAGAACACCCGCACAGUCCCUGUUCAGCCUGCCUUCUCCAUGGUGCAAUUCUCCCAGCCUGUCAGUUUCCCACCCAGGCUCAAGGGGCGGAGACCAAAACCUCCCAGCGUGCGGCCUGCCAACCCAGCUCCCAUUACCCAAACAGUCAUCCACACGGUGCAGAGCGUCCCUGGACAGAUGUUCCCUAAUCCUGCCAUCUCACCUAUGAUGUACCCCCACCCAGCCUAUCCGAUGCCUUUCAUCACCACCAUUCCAGGAGGGUUGUACCCAUCCAAGUCCAUCGUCCUGUCCGGCACUGUCCUGCCCAGUGCUCAGCGGUUCCACAUCAACCUGUGCUCUGGGAGCCACAUCGCCUUCCACCUGAACCCCCGUUUUGAUGAGAAUGCCGUGGUCCGCAACACGCAGAUCAACAACUCUUGGGGGCCUGAGGAGCGGAGUCUGCCCCAAAAAAUGCCCUUCACCCGAGGCCAGAGCUUCUCGGUGUGGAUCUUGUGUGAAGGUCACUGUCUCAAAGUGGCCGUGGAUGGCCAGCACCUGUUCGAAUACUACCAUCGCCUGCAGAACCUGCCCGCCAUCAACAGGCUAGAAGUGGGGGGUGACGUCCAGCUGACUCAUGUGCAGACGUAGGCAGCUCCCUGGCCCUAGGGCCAGGGGCUGGGGUGUGGGGGCUGGGGUCUGGGUCUUCUCAUCAUCCCCACUGCCCAGUCCCACCCUUUCCAACCCUGCCUGGGACCUGGGCUAUAAUGCAGGGGCCAUGUCCUUGUCUGGUCCUGCUUCUGGCUACAGCCACCCGGAACAGAGAAGGCAGCCUUCCUCAGCUGGGGCAGCACCUGGGGCUCCAGCUGCCCGACUCACACCAUCCCAGGAGGUGGGCACAGUGGGCGGGGGGGAGGGGGGAGUGAAGAUGAAGCCCCAUGUGCAGUCCCCUCCCAUCCCCCACACAGCACCACCCCAGUCUCAGGCCUCUAGCUGUCCACUCCUGGUGAGAGGUGACCUCCUCAGCCCCUCCUCUCUGACCUUUAACCUCACUCUCAGCUUGCACCCUGCACCAACCCUUCACCCCUCCAGUAAGGCUAGCCUGAUGGCAUCCCACUGGCCCCCACCAACUGACCGGAAUGUUCUCUUCAGGGGAUUGGCUUCUUUCCCAGUUUCCUUAAA